UCUGGGUGUGAUGCGUGUCGUCGCGAUCUGUUGUUUGAGGCAUAGUUGUAAUUACGGAUUACGUGGAUCGGUUGUGCACGUGGCGAUUGAACCUCGUGGUGAGUGCUAGCGAGCAUUUGGGUAUGUACGUUUAUUUUGGUUAAAAGCUAUUACUCCUGUAUUAAUCUUUCUUUCUAAAAAAGGGCCUUUGUUAAUAGCUCUGUAAGAAGAAUAUGGACGGUAAAUGUAAUGUGUAUAAUGUAAUGUGUUUGUGAUAAUUGAUGUUGAUUUUUGAUAUGGAUGCAAAGUGGCUAAUAAAUGUGUUUUUAUCUUCUAUGCACAGCCACUACCGUAUUUUGUUUCAUUGUAUUUUGUUUCAUUUUGGUUGGUUUCAUUUUAUUUCUUGUAAACCCUUUUUCUCCCAUCGACCGCUGUAAAACUUGUAUGUAAACAGCAGUCAGAUUAAACCUCCAUAAUUUAAUAGUUUGCCGGGUUGUGCUUUAUUUCUCGUACUCCCCGGUUACAUUUGGUACCAGGAGUGGGGUAUCUGACUGUUGGGAGCUCUUGGGCGUUUUAUACAUUUUUUUGUGGUUAAAAUACGGUGGUGGUGAGUUGCAGAUAUUUAUAGACGCAGAGGGGAGCAAUUUCCUGUGCUGUGAGUGUCCAGUGUGAAGACAUCGGCUGGGUGUUUUCUGACCAAGGGAGUGGAUCGCUGGACGAGAGCAGGGAUAUCGUUUGUCUGUGACUGAGCUCAGGAGUGUGCUAUCGGCUAGAGGCCUGUUGCGUCUGUACUGCAUGAAGAGGAUCCAGUGUUGCAGACAUUUCUUGAUGGAAUAUCCUUUGAACUGAACAAGGACAAACAAUCUAAAGGACAUUGUAUUUGUGGACUUUUGUAAUUGUGUUCAGCAACAUGUCACAGUCUAGCAAUGAAGAUUCCGCCUUACCGGGUACUUCUGCUACUGGACAGAAUGUAAAUCCUGAUGAGUAUGAUGUUCAUGAACAAAUCCAAGAAUUGAGUAGAAAACAUGCUGAAACCGUAGCAGCGAUAGCGGGCCUAAAUCGAGAGCCCAGUAGGUCCUAUAUCUACGUGCCGAGGGAAAGACACAUUCAGUCUUUUAGUGGGGAAUUCAGCAAAGACUGUAGAAAUGUGGAUGAGUUCAUUGAAGAGGUAGAAAGAGUGUUGCUUGUUAGAAACCAGACUCCUGAAGAUCAAGCAGACUUCGUUCUUUCUUUGUUAAAGGGUGCCGCUUUGGAGGAGGUUAGGUUAAGAAGGGGGGCUCAACCUCAGGGAACAGAGGAUCUUUUUACUUACCUCAGAGAUGCUUUUGGGGAGAAGCGUAGUCUUGCACAGCUACUGCAGAGUUUCUAUACUCGUAAGCAAUUAGAAGGUGAAGACCUGCGUAUGUACUCUCACUCUUUGUCACAGAUCUUGAACUCAGUCGUGAAGCAGUCCCCAGAUGCCAUUGCAAAUGUGAAUUCUGCCAUUAGAGAUCAGUUUGUAGAGGGGGUUAAAGAUGCAUCUCUUAGAAGGGAACUUCGUAAAUUUGUGAGGGAUAAGCCCCAAGCAACCUUGAUUGAGGUACGAGACGAAGCAAUCAUGUGGUCUCUCGAAGACCCCAAAUUGCGUGUUAGCAGAGCAGCUCUUCAUCAUCAUGUAACCUCUGAGUCUGCAGAAGCCCGCUGUGAGGCUAUUGAGAAAAGCUCUGUCACGCUUGAAGAAGUCUUAAAGGUAGUAGCCGAGCAAGGGAAGGCCAUAGGUGAACUAACUCAAGCAAUUAAGAAAUUGACGCUUCAUUGUACUAAUGCUGAAGUGGUGAGUCGCCCCAAGGCUAAAAUGCAGCCCAGAUUUGCAGAUGAUGGCCAGCCCAUCUGCUUCAAGUGUAAUGAGGUGGGGCACAUAGCCAAAAACUGCGUGAGAAAGCUCAACAGACAGUCAGGGAGGAUUCUGUAUCCUCCACGCCUCAGGGAAAUGCGCACCCUCGGUCGCUGUGAGCCAGGCGAUGCGAGGGCGGACUAUUGGCUCGACUCAAUUUAUCUCUGA